AGACUUAAAUGUUUUGAAAAGUCCAUGCUUGUUUAGUGAGGACACGUUCAGGACCUGCCUUACCCAAAAGUCAUUUCUCUUCUUUCCGAAGGCAGCCAAGCACACUCCCCUGCACGCCCCUCCCUUUCUGCUCUUUCCAAUUUGGCCCUCCCCACACUCAGCUGGCUCCCUACCAGUUAUUGUCUGCGAACAGUGAGACACAAAGGACUUUCUCAGAUCCAUGAUCAAAAGGAUAUGUUACCUGGGAGAGCUACAGCAAAACGGAAAGGAAUUAGAGCAAAAGAUGUGAAGGACCUCUUACCCCUGAUGCUACUAAUGGUGAUAAUUUUCCUGUUGCUUCUGUUCUGGGAAAAUGAGCUGAAUGAGGACGUAGUGGCAAUGACCAUAGAGCACCUGCAUGUGGACUACCCUCAGAGUGAUGUUCCCGUAAGGUACUGCAACCACAUGAUCUUAGAAAGAGUCAUCAAGGAACCCAACAACACCUGCAAAAAGGAGCAUGUCUUCAUCCAUGAGAGGCCUCGAAAUAUUAAUAGCGUUUGCAAUUCUCGCAGGAAGGUGGCUUGCCAAAACCAUUCCACCACUCUGUGCUUCCAGAGUGAGACCAAGUUCAAAAUGACAGUCUGUAAGCUCACUGAAGGCACCAGAUACCCUGCCUGCAGUUACCACAUUUCCCCCAUAGAGGGGUUUAUUGUUGUCACAUGUGAUGGCAUGGGGCCAGUUAAAAUCCAGAGAUAUGUUGAAUAACAUGGGACCAGCACCUGGGUCUGCCAUCUCUGGUCUCCUCUCUCAGAGGCACUGGUGCUGGCUCUUCCGAGGCACACCUGAACCGUGGACAUGGGGUAAUGCCUUGAGUGAAAUGGGUAGCUGCUGGUAAUGCAUGUAUCCUUCCAGUUUUGCUGAGCUGGCAUCUUUUUUAUUCUGCUUCAAUAAAAAUUUGCUGAAUUAAACCAUAAA